AGCAGCCUUAUCCCUGCGUCGAAACGGAAGCAAGCAGGAUAACCUCUGUCUGCCGUCCCCUUGCACUGCAAACAUUCCAUGGCGACUGCCCCUUUGCCCUCUCGCUCCCUCCUGGCCCCGGCUCAUCAAUCCCAUCCACGGCUUCCCGCCACCCUCCGCCUCUGCCUCUCCCACCACAAGCAACCUCCCACCGGCCCCAAGCGCCCCCGACGCGCCGCCACUUCGCAUCCGGCCUUCUCUGCACCCGCGCGGGGUCGUGCCAAGAAGAUUCCCGUCGCGGACACCGAUGAGCCCGCCGCCGGAGUCCGCGUCACCGACCGUGGCCUCUCUUACCGCCUCGACGGCGCGCCAUUCGAGUUCCAGUAUAGCUACACCGAGGCCCCACGCGCACGCCCCGUAGCGCUCCGUGAGGCCCCGUUCUUGCCGUUCGGGCCCGAGGCCACGCCACGCCCUUGGACGGGGAGGAAGCCGCUGCCAAAGAGCCGCAAGGAGCUUCCGGAGUUUGACUCGUUCGUGCUGCCACCACCGGGCAAGAAAGGGGUGAAGCCCGUGCAGUCACCGGGGCCGUUCCUCGCCGGUAUGGAGCCGAGGUACCAGUCGGUGUCCAGAGAGGACAUACUCGGGGAGCCCCUCACCAAGGAAGAGGUGUUCGAACUCGUGAAAGGAAGCCUCAAGACUAAACGCCAACUCAAUAUGGGUGGGUUCCCUCUCUUGCUGUGGAUUCAGCUGUGUCGCCGGAUUAAAAUGUGGAUUGUUUUUGGUACAUGUUGGCUUGCUGCAGGUAGGGAUGGUUUGACACAUAAUAUGUUGGAGAACAUUCAUUCACAUUGGAAGAGGAAAAGAGUUUGCAAGAUAAAGUGCAAAGGUGUCUGCACGGUGGAUAUGGAUAAUAUCUGCCAGCAACUAGAGGAAAAAGUUGGAGGAAAAGUAAUACACCGCCAAGGGGGUGUCAUAUUUCUUUUUCGUGGUAGAAACUACAAUUACAGGACCCGCCCAUGUUUUCCGCUUAUGCUCUGGAAACCCGUUGCACCUGUGUACCCGCGCCUUGUUACGAAGGUCCCAGGUGGCUUAACUCCAGAUGAGGCCACAGAAAUGCGCGCAAGAGGACGUCAGUUACCACCAAUUUGCAAACUUGGGAAAAAUGGUGUUUAUGCAAACCUUGUGAAGCAAGUCAGAGAAGCAUUUGAAGCAUGUGAUCUUGUCCGUGUUGAUUGCUCAGGUCUUAACAAAAGUGAUUGCAGAAAAAUUGGAGCUAAACUAAAGGAUCUAGUUCCCUGUAUCUUACUGUCUUUUGAGUUUGAGCAUAUACUGAUGUGGAGAGGAAGUGAUUGGAAAUCAUCUCUUCCUCCAUUAGAAGAAAAUAGUUUUGAGGUGGCAAAGGUGCAAGAAAGUUUAAGUGGCAAAGAAUCUAAUGAAAAGGUUACACAUUCAGGAAAUGUUCUGACCCAGAUUGAGUUGGUCAGUGUUGCAACAUCUCACAAGAACUGCAACUUGGGUGAAGGUCAAGAAAAAUUUAAAGAUUCCAUUGCCAGUGAUACGGUACUGAAUUCUGCAAAGGAAGUUCCUGCAUUGUUCCAUUCUACAGGUAUAUCUAGAACUGAACCCUCAGCAGACACUCCAUUGGAAUAUUCACCAUUAAAGCCAGUAUGUGAUAUUAUGGAUCCAUCCCUGAAGUGCCAAAGUAUCCCAACAAGCAACAGUGAAAAUAGAGGUCUGGUAGAGAAGUCAGAACAUUGUCCGGAUGAUUAUAAUUUGGAGACAAAGAGGAAAAGAAACGAUGGUAUAAAAGGUAGUGGUUCUAAAGUUCCAUCCUAUAUAGAGGGAUUGUUAUGUCUUCUGGAGCAGGCCAUUGACAGUGGCAGGGCACUUGUUCUGAGUGAAGAUGAGCUUGUUGAUUCAGAUCUGGUCUAUGAAAAGUCUGUUGCAUUUACAAAGUCAAUUCCGCGAAGACUGAUUUUCGAGCAUACUCAGAGGAAGUCCAGUGCCAGGAGAAAUGGGCCAGACAAUCAUGCAAGAAUUAAAAAACAUCUUGUAGAAAAUAAACUGUCCAGCAGUCAUGUUGAAAAGAAAUGUGUCGCUAAUGUAGGAUCGGCAAUGCAGACAAAUGACCAUGCACAAGAGUUUCUAUCUGAUGUUGUUCCUCAAGGUACCUUAAGAGUAGAUGAACUAGCAAAGUUACUGGCUUAAGAGGUGAUUGUUCUUUUAUCAGCCAUAAAGACCGGUAUCAACAUUCUUCUUUUCAUGUGCAAAAUUUGCAUGUACUCUGAAUUUGGUUAAAACAGGUCUCAGGUCUGCUGCGUCGUGGUGAGUGCUUUUUAACCUUGAAAUACCGCACUAUAAUCCUGUGCGAUGUACAGAAUAUGAGUCUGAUUUGCCAGUUGUCACCAUGAUUGGCCACUGAUUAUCGAGAGAACCAUCACAUAAUUCUCCUAAAGACGUCUUGGACGAAAUGGCAAGCCGAGCUGUUGCAAAAAGGCAUUGAAAAGUUACUCUGGCUGAGUCGCUGAGAUAAACAGAGCUACAAUGACUGAGACAAGACAGAUGUUAGUUUUGACUCAUUGCCACCUUUCAACUUUACAACAAUACAACUCAGCUGACUUGUGAUGAACAGAUGCGGGAUUUUUCAGAAACAGAUGUGGUGACUGUUGGGCGUUGUACUUCUCAAUGGUCUCUUGUAGGAACAAGAAUGGUCUCCUGUAGGAACUUGUGGAAAUGUCAAACAAAACGACUUUCACUUGAGUAGUUGUGUUUGAAAUUUCGAUGUCGUGCAAGAAUUUUGUAAAGAACAGGGGUUCACAUUCACAUUGAGUUGUAUACACGAUUAUAUUAAUUAUUAAACAUGGCUUUUUACAAUGGCAGGGAUA